AUGUCCGUAACCAGUUUGCUCGACGAGAAUUCUCCCGAGACCAACCUGUCGGACGACAGAAGUCGGGAGAUUUUCGACUUCAUCAAAGAUCGUUUCCAUGAACACGAUGUGCCCGUUACGGAACGAAGCCAGGACAAUAUCUUGGAGGGAAAUCGGGAACAAGGCGAUCAUAUGCUGAGUUGCAGAAUGAUGCAGGCAUAUCUUGGCUCCUACUGGUAUCACUUCAGUGACCAACUCCCGAUUCUGCACCGACCGACUUUCUCUUCCGACACAACUCCGAAUCUCCUGCUCCUAGCAAUGAUGUCCAUCGGUGCUGCAUGUCUGGACAGCACCCAUGGCCAACAGGCCGUAACGGCAGGCGCUAAACUUUCGAACUUCAUGGCUCGACAUUUGCGGUGGGAGAUAUUCAUGGAUAAAAGCUUCCGACCGCCAGCAAAACUCUGGGUUUUCCAAGCGUUAAUUUUGCUGGAGCUGUACGAGAAGAUGUUUUCGACGAGAGAGCUGCACGAACGAGCCCACAUUCACCAUGCCACCAUGAUUACUCUCAUGCGUCGAGGACGAUCACUUAUCGGAAACUCUUCCAUGAACUCGCCUCCAUACCCACGAGAAACUCCUAGCGACUCGAGAAAAGCGCUCGGGGUCGGCCAAACGCCAGAGGAGUGGUGGGAUAAUUGGGUUAGCAAUGAAGCUACCAGACGAGCGGCAUUCGCCGCCUUCAUCAUUGAUUCCACCCAUGCCUCUAUGUUUGGUCACUCGGCGAUGAUGGCUACUCACGAGUUGAGACUUCCAUUGCCUUAUGAUGAGUCUUUGUGGAAGGCCAGGAGCAUCGCCGAGCUAGGAAGGGCGGAUGCACGCCUCAAAGCUAGAGGCAUACAGCCAAUAUCGUUUCUUGAGGGACUGAAGCGAACUUUGAAUCAUCAAGAAGUGAAGACGACGUCAUUUGGUAGGACGGCUCUAAUGGCUGGCCUUAUGAGCGUGACGUAUCAUAUGCAACAGCGAGAUCUCCAAGUUAAUGUCCUCGGCGGCGGAGUGAUUCAGGCGUCAGGGGAUCGCGAUAGCUGGCGAGCAUCUUUGACACGAGCAUACGACUCGUGGAAGAGGGACUUUGAUAAAGAGGUUGAAGAUGGGGAGCCUUGCAACGACCCCUACGGCCGAGGGAGCACCAAGGCUGAGGCUCAUAUCGUGUUUGGUAACCGCACAGUUCUGCAUCAUUUAGCUCACAUGGAGAUGCAUGCAGACAUCGUUGACUGCCAAAUUUUUGCCCGCGCUAAGAGAAUCCUUGGAAGAACCAUUGGUGCGCAGGAAUUGAGUAGCGCUCAGAAACGAGUCAAAGAGCAAUGGGCGCCGUCAGCCAGGGCCCGUCAUGCUACAUUCUACGCGUUGAAGUUUCUAAAGUCUGUCUUGGUACCGACGGGAGCGGCGUUGAUGCAUGCAGCUGGUCCUUGGCCUGGAGGCUUCUACGAAGCCGGCUACGAUGUUCUCAUGAAUAGGCCGUGGGUGCUUUACUUUGCUGCUCUCGUAGUAUGGUGUUACGGCUACGCAUUAGAAGGACCUUGCGGGGAUGCUGCGAGGCACAAUGGCCCAGAUGAGAACCACCAGCACAUGAGGAACUAUUUGCAACAGUUUGCAAACAUUACAGAUCCACAUGGGCUGCGGGCCAUGAAGGGCAUCAACAACAAUACAGCGUUGCUGCUGGUGUUGCGGGACUCAUUUGACAGCACGAGGUGGGAUUUACUGCAUGAAGGGGCUCAUUUGAUGAGGAAUUGUAUCAUUCUGAACGGUGGCGGUACUGUAUAG